UCUCACAUUUUCUUCACACGUUCGUUCUUGACAAUUCCCCGUCCCCUUUCCUCUCUCUCACACACUCACGCACGUGCAUGUUGGUCAUAUGUAUAUAGUAAAACUUAUGUCAAAAAAUCUCAAAUGAAGUUUUGAUAAUCUGAGCCAAAGAGGUCCAUUUACUCAGAAGAAAAUCUUCGUCUCUAAGGGUAGUAGAAGGAGUAGUUGGUUUGUAGAUUCGUUGUAAAUGAAGCUUUGCCUUUCUUAGCUUUUAAACCCUAAAAAUUUUCUUCGACUUUCAAUCUUCUGUACUCAGCAAUAUACCAUCCAUGAAGACUCACAAUCAACUCCCCUCGAGCCACAGUUUAGUCGAAUCCAGGUUCGCAUAUCUGUUCCUCAAAGCCCUAAAGGAACUGAACAAGAAUAGACCAUCUUCACCAUCUAUCAGAGAUACUUACAGGAGAUAUAAUCUCAUUAGGGUUUCAGCCUAUGGAUUGAUGGCUUCCGCAGUCAGACCGAGAAGAGCUUGGAGUCGUGCGACGCUUUGGAAGAUUCGGAACCGUACAUUUCUCCGUGCUUUGAUGAAACGAAGCCGAACCCGUUCGUUGACGAGAAGAGUACCUGCAAGAGGAAACCCUAAAAAAGGGUUAGGUUGUAAGCUCGUAAAGGAUCUUCGGAAGCUCGUGCCAGGCGGUGAAGAAAUGAAAUUUUGCAGAUUACUGAAUGAAACUUCUCACUACAUGAAAUGUCUUCAAGCCCAAGUACAGAUCAUGAGAAAUAUUGUAGAUCAUUACUCCACUUGAGCUGUCCUUUCAUUCAUAUAUCCGUAAAACUGCAUGUGAUGAGCACUGGAAUAUAUGAUCUUCAUCCAUGAGGUUGAAUCGUAUUCAGAAGUAGAUGGCUUGAACAUCAUAGUAUAUAUCGUAUAUUUACCCUAAGCCUCUUCGGGUAACUAUACCUACUUGUUUUAUAUGCAUUUUAAUAACAUGUACUGUAAUUGUAAUAUGAUAGUUAUAUGCUUAUGUCCAGCUCUUUCCUCAA